AUGACCACCGAGAUGAUACCUCGUACUCCUACUGUCACCUCCCAGGAUGCCUUGGGACAACAAUAUGAAUUACGAAUGCCCGCUUAUAAUUCCAAUGCGACAUACAACGAACCAUCGUCGUUGGAAAGCCUCUUAAAGAGGGUUUCUGAUUCCGAAUGGGAUCAUAACAUGUCCUUAAAGCGCUAUCUAGGAAUUGUACGACAAUUGGAAGCAGAUGCAGAGGAAAGCGCGUCAAACGGCGACUUGGAAUCCGCAUUCGUACGGUAUGCCCAAGCAGCAAAGCUUGUCCUUGAAGAAAUUCCAGGGCAUCGCCAGUAUUACACUACUAUGAACCAGCAACAACGUCAUAAUCUUGCUCUGGUGCGCCUUUCAUUUUAUGACUAUAUGUGCAAGCAUUUGAACGGCGUCAAAUUUGUUUUUAUGCUAUAG